CACUCACAGAUAAAACCACUCCCAAGUGUGCAUUUGCAAAUAAAACUUCAAAAGCAGCAUCUUUGUCUCACUAUCUCCCCAGAGAGUGUAUUAUAGAGGGAAAAGAGAGAUGGCAGCUGCAACAUCUGGUGCUGUGUUAAAUGGGUUGGGAUCUUCUUUCUUGUGUGGAGGAAAGAGGAGCCAAACCCUUCUGGCUAGUGGUACUGGUGGCAAAGUUGGUCCUACUGUUAGUCCUAAAAGACUUGUUGUGGCUGCAGCUGUUGCAGCAAAGAAAUCAUGGAUCCCUGCUGUUAAAGGUGGUGGGAACUUCAUCGACCCAGAAUGGCUCGAUGGAUCGCUACCAGGUGACUAUGGUUUUGAUCCACUAGGCCUAGGCAAGGACCCUGCAUUCCUCAAAUGGUACAGAGAAGCUGAGCUCAUUCAUGGGCGGUGGGCAAUGGCUGCAGUUGUAGGGAUCUUUGUAGGCCAAGCUUGGAGUGGAGUUCCAUGGUUUGAGGCUGGAGCUGACCCUAAUGCAAUUGCUCCUUUCUCAUUUGGUUCUCUUCUAGGCACCCAGUUGCUUCUCAUGGGGUGGGUAGAGAGCAAGAGAUGGGUGGACUUCUUCAACCCAGAUUCACAGUCAGUUGAAUGGGCCACUCCAUGGUCAAGAACCGCAGAGAACUUUGCCAAUGCCACUGGCGAUCAAGGCUACCCAGGGGGCAAAUUUUUUGACCCUUUGGGCUUGGCUGGCACUCUUAAGGAUGGUGUUUACAUUCCAGAUAGAGAAAAGCUAGAAAGAUUGAAAUUGGCUGAGAUUAAGCAUGCCAGGAUUGCUAUGUUGGCUAUGCUGAUUUUCUACUUUGAGGCUGGACAAGGGAAGACCCCCCUUGGCGCUCUUGGCUUGUAAACUAAACAAUUCAUGUAGAUAAUCGAAUUGAGAGGCUAGACAGUUGUUGCAAA